AUGGUCGUAGAUGCUGUAGUUAACAACCACUACAUGGACGAUUACCUGGGUAGCGUCGACUCUGCAGAUGAAGCAGCUCGUCUCGUAGCUGAUAUUGUAGAAGUCCACUCUCGCGCAGGUUUCGAGAUGAGAAAUUGGGUUUCUAAUUCUAAAGAAGCUCUUACCUUGAUUCCUCGAGAUCUAUGUGCCACAAAUAUCUUAGAGGUAAAUCUCGCAAACAAUGCUCCAAACCAUAAAAUUCUCGGAGUGUCUUGGAACAUCGUUGAUGACUCUCUAGGCCUUUUGCGAAGUUUACCCCCUAUCCAUGAGUCUUCUAAGUGGACUAAGCGCCAUGUCCUAUCAUUACUAAUGCAAGUAUAUGACCCUCUAGGCUUUUUGGCUCCUAUUGUCAUAAGAGGUCGAAUUCUUUUUCAACAAACCUGGAGGCUCGGUAUCAACUGGGACGAUCACUUACCAUCCGAAAUUCUAUUAAAAUGGAAACAUUGGUUUGAGCACUUAUCAAAUCUCCGCCAAACUUCUAUUCCACGCUGCUACACAACAUGUGAGUGGACGGAAAAACAACUCCAUGUCUUUGCUGAUGCUAGCGAAUACGCAUACUCCUGUGUAGCGUAUUGGCGUUUCAUAACGCCCAACGAUUGCAAAAUAAGCCUUAUUGGUGGAAAAGCGAGGUUAGCUCCUCUAAAGCCAGCCUCCAUACCUAGAUUAGAGCUCCAGGCAGCUCUGAUCGCCGCUCGUUUUUGUAAAUAUUUAAUAGAGGCUCAUAAACAUAAGCCUGUCAAAAUUUUCCUUUGGUCAGAUUCUUUGACAGUUCUCAAAUGGCUUCGUAGCGAUGCUCGCAAUUUUAAAGUAUUCGUUUCACAUCGGGUUGGAGAAAUUUUAGAACUCACAGACAUUUCUUGUUGGAGAUAUGUUCCAACUCAUCUGAAUGUUGCUGACGACGCUACGAGGCCACAAUCAAAAUUCGAAAUUUCACGAUGGUUCUCCGGGCCACCCUUUCUAUUACUCGGUCAAAAUGAAUGGCCUGAGGAACCUUCCACAAAUGUGCGACUAGGCCCCGAAGAAAUGAAAUGUGAUCGAGAGCUAGUUGCACUAACAACAGAUAAUUCUCCGGAACUAUCCCCAGUAGUAGCUAAUCACUGUCGUUUCAGUAAUUGGUUACGUCUAGUUCGCGCUACAGCUACUGUUGCUCUCGCUGCUAGGUUUUUUAUACAUUUAUUGUUUCGUAAGAUAGGGAAUAGGGUUGACGAAGCCCCUUCUCGACGGCUACAAGCCUCAGAUCUAGUCGCAUCAGAACUCCGCUUACUCUUGCGUUCCCAACUAGACUCCUUUGGAGAAGAACGUCGCCUUAUUAAAGCCGAAAAGCCCUUGCCUUCUAGAAGUCGUUUGAGACGGCUAGCUGUCACCUUGGACGAUUCCCAAAUAUUAAAAUUAGCAGGGAGGACAAGAGCCUGUGCGGGUUCAAUCACCACAAGUAACCCCAUUGUGCUCGACGGCAAGCAUCCCAUCGUAAAACUUCUAAUAAAACACCAUCACAACAGAGCAGCACAUGCGAACACAGAAUUAAUUGUCAACGAAUUACGACAGAACUAUUUCAUCUUCGGUAUACGUCCAGCCGUAAAGAAAGUCGCCAACGAAUGCAUGAUGUGUCGCCUUCGUAAAAAGAACCCACCGACCCCACCGUUCGGUGAUCUACCUGCAGAACGGAUGGCUCAUAGCGUACGCCCAUUCUCCUUUGUUGGGCUAGAUUAUUUCGGGCCAGUUACUGUAUCCAUUGGCCGACGAACCGAAAAACGCUAUGUGGCACUCUUCACUUGCCUGACAGUACGAGCCAUCCACCUAGAAAUUGUUGGCAGCUUAUCCUCGGAUGCGGCAAUCAUGGCUCUACGUCGCUUUAUAUCAAGGCGUGGAUGCCCAAUUAAAAUUUACUCAGACAACGGGACAGCCUUCGUCGGAGCAAAUAAUAUACUGAAGCAACUCUACCAUGACGACGUAGUCAAUGAUGCUGCCAAUAAAAGGAUCCAGUGGCACUUCAUUCCACCUGGGGCACCCUUUAUGGGCGGAUGCUGGGAGAGGUUGCUCCGAAGCGUAAAGACAGCCCUCUCUGCAACACCAAAAGAAAAAUCACCACGAGAAGAGGUUCUACACACACUCCUCCUAGAAGCCGAAGCCUUAAUAAAUUCAAGGCCACUCACCCACGUCUCCGUAGACCCUAAUGACGAAGAAAGUAUAACGCCAUUUCACUUUCUAAUUGGUUGCUCCUCUCCCCACCAAUCAUUCGGAGAGAUGGAUGAACGCGACCUUAUCCGUCGAGUAAAUUGGAAAAAGGGCCUUCGUCUUGCUGACCACUUUUGGGCUAGAUGGUUGACGGAAUACCUCCCCACACUGAUUCCGAGACGACCAGGAGAAAAACCAGAAUUCAAAGUCGGAGACCCGGUUCUCAUUGCCGACGGCAACCUUCCGCGCGGUUCAUGGCCACGGGGCCGUAUCUUUAAAACAUUCCUCGGUCCCGACAAAACGAUCCGUGUGGCAGAGGUCGCCACCAAAGGAGGUAUCCUCAAGCGCCCAGCCCGAAAGUUGGUUCCUCUACUAGACCGCCAGCAUGUCAGCUCAAACUAA